AUGGCCGCCAAUGAUGCGCAGGCUAAGGAGUCGCCGCCUGAGAAGGGCCAAGUCAAUAACGGUCCACACCCUGAUCAGAUUGAUCAAUACUUCGAAGACACGGCCAAAACUCCGCGAAAAUUCUCACAAUUCUUCAGCCAUUUCAAAGCCAGGGAUCUCAAAAACCUCUUUAAAUCGUCACUCGCCGUAUGGGUCAUGACCAUACUGAUCUUUAUCAAUCCUACACUCAACACCAUUGGACAAGCGACUUUCUUUGGAUGCGUCGUCUUGUUCAUCGUCCCGCCGUCUGGCGUGGUCUUCAUUCAUGUGCUGGCUGGCUUGACGAUCUGUAUUGGUAUGGCUUUGGCUUGGGCAUGGGGAACAAUCACCAUGAAAGCAGCUCUGGCCACUCGACCUGCGGCGGAUCUUCAGGCUCAAUAUGCCGUCCUCCAGCAGGCAAUCGCUUCGGGAUCUAUUCAGGCUUCUGGGCAAUCUACGGCGUUGCAAGUGGCCAUCUACAAUGGGCUUUUGCUGGAUACGCGCGUCACACUGACCUAUUUCUGUAUGAUGGGAUUGUUCAUUUACUUGAUGGCGCGGAUACGAGUCGUGGCACCAAAACUCACUCUGGUUGGCAUAUUUUCCAUGAUUAUCGCCGACAUUUACAUAACGACCGCUCCACUACUUCCGACAUUCCAAGGAACCAUCCCUAAAACCUUGAUCCUACCUACUGCUAUUGCGGUGGGUAUUGGAAUGGUUUGUAACAUUCUAAUCUUCCCCCAGUCGACGUCAUCCAUUGUCGUCGAUUCCAUGAGCGACAUCUUGUCCCCAAUGCCUGACUUCGUCCGAGCCUUUGCGCACUCGCUCGGCAACACAGCGCGUAACUUCGACACGAAGCAGAUUGAGCGAUUGCAAUUGAAACUGGCUGUGGCCUACAAGAGUGCAGAUGCUUCUGCCAAGUUCUUGCCACUGGACUUCUCUUACAUCCAUUGGAGUCCCAGCGAUGUCGGUUCACUACAAAAACCGCUGCGAGGUGUUCUGGUUGCAUUCGGCGAGUUAGUUCAGCUGCCUAUCUCCAGGGAACGCAUGAGGACGAAGAAGGCCGCAUUUGAAGAGACGGUCAAGGAUCUUAUGGGUGAAGAUGCGACCGACUUCAAGUUUCCGGUUGCCCACUAUCAGAUUGCCAAAGUACUUGCGCUGCGGGAAACGUCGAGACAUCCGGAUAUAGAUCGAUUGAUCAUGGAGACUGCCACAAUACUCACGUCAUGUGCUACACCUCUCUUGGAGACUUGGUCGCACGGUAUUACUGUGGUUAUCCAGGCCUUGCAAGGUGCAUUCGACAAGGGCCCAGUCAAGAACCUGACAGCUCAUGAAGAAACACUGCAAUCGCUAAAGAACCUGGCAGAGACCUUUACCGCCGACACUUCAGAGAAACUCCUACUUCCCCACGCUCAUCUGUUCGAUUCGGAUGGAAACCUGAAAAGCGAAGAGGAACAUGACCGUCGCGUGUUGCUGUCUUACAUGCUAGGGCUCUUGUAUCAGGAGCGCAUCAUUAAUAUUUCCAAGGCUCUCGAAAAUCUCCUGCAAGAAAUCAUCAAUCUGGAAAAGGCACGAGAGCGUAAACGGGUAUGGGCACCCGCCCAGCUGGGUAAACUGCUGUCCUGGGCCUCCUCCAAGGACGACGCGACUCCGGGUAUGCCGGGAAAUCCAAACUCCACACCACCCACCGCCGCCGCUACCAAACCUCGUCAACGAAGCGACGCCAGCCGGUCCUUGUCCACUUCAGCAUCCCCUACUCUGGCAGGUCUGGACGGUGCAGCGCGACUUGAAGAUAUGCGGGUUCCCCGUCAUCGUCCAAGGUCAAUGGCCAGCAAGAUUCUUCUCGACAUUGUCAACUUCUUUGGUAACGAUGCAGGAGUUCACGCCGCGCGGACUCUCAUCUUGAGUAUUGCCUUGGCUGUUCCCGCGGUCAUCACAACCUCAUCUGGAUUCUACUACCGCGAAAAGGGUCUCUGGGCCUUGAUCAUGGCCCAAAUGGCCAUAGUGCCCUACACAUCCGACUUCAUUUCGGGCCUUAUUCUCCGACUUACCGCCACCGUCGCCGGCGGAGUCAUCGGCCUGGUCUGCUGGUACAUUGGCGCAGGGUCCGGGUCCGGCAACCCCUACGGCAUGGCGGCCGUCAUGGCCGUGGCCAUUGUGGUGCUCAUGUACUGGCGCCUCUUUGCGCCGCAGGAGCAGCUCCAGGCCGGCAUCAUGCUGACCUCGACGCUGUACCUGGUCGUCGCCUACAGCUGGAACGACACGCACAACCCGACCUACGGUAAUCCCGGCGUCGGGUACAAUGUCUUUUGGCGACGCCUCUUGUUGGUCCUGAUUGGUUUUGCCGCUUCCGCCAUCGUCAUGUUUCUCCCGCGGCCGCCCUCUGGCCACAGACAUUACCGGGACCUGCUGUCGAGCCAGCUCUCGUCCUUCAAGGAGCGUUAUGCCCUCUUUGUGUCCACGUGGGAAGAUCCACCCGCCGACCUUGUCGAGGUGGUCGAGAGGGAAGGGUUGCUCUCGCAAGAGGUUCUCGAAACUUCGAUACAGCCCAUGACGCUGCUCAAAUUCGAAUUUUCCUCCAGCAAUCUUGACUCGCGAACCCUUGUAGCAGUGGGCAAGUUGUGUAUCGAUUUGAACACAACCAUUACCCAACUCCUGGUGUACGCCAGGCGGUUAACUUCGGAACAGCGGGCGAGGUUUAUGCUAUACACCGGCGCCAACGAUGAAAUCUUCGUCGCCGAUCUGAUGGCCGUAUUUUCACUCGUACAAGGAACUUUGAGUACUGGCAAACCCUUGCCUACAAUCUUGCGAACACCCUUGGUCAGCAGGUCAUUGGGCAAGGCCAGACGCAACGGCCCAGACGAGGUCGACGGAGGAGCCAAAGAAAUGACAGCACGUGAGAUGUUGACAGGGGACAGUGGGAGGAAUUGGGCCAGCGCUGUCGGUGCAUUCAUCUCUCUUUCGGCAAGGAUUGAUGAGCUAGUCAUUAUUUUGAAGAAGGCUGUGGGCGAGGAGUUUAUGAUUGACUCUACGGCGUUGGCGGUAUAG